GUAGGCUAAGCUAGCGAAAAUUAGCUUCAGAAAAGUUCAUGUGAAGCAGUCGAAAAUGCCUUCAAUAAAAACGUUUAACUUGAGUUACGAUGUUAUUAAUGAACAUGACACAUUUUCCGAAGGCGACUGUAUAUCUGGAAUAAUUACUUUGGAGUUAAUAAAGGAAACCAAAGUGGAUAGGCUUUUCAUCAAAGCCAAAGGGGACGCAAAUGUCCAUUGGACGGAGCGUGCAAAAGACCGCACCAGGACUUACUCUGCUCACAAUAGAUAUUUCAAAUUGAAGACGUUUAUGAUUAAUGAAUCUCCUAAAGACAAUAUACUCCCCCCUGGGAUCCAUAGAUAUCCAUUUGGUUUCAAAAUUCCUGAGGGAAGCAUGCCAUCAUCCUUCAAGGGUCCUCAUGGCAAGAUAGUGUACAAACUGGAAGCCAAGCUGGUCAGGGGUUGGCUAAAGACACGCGACCUAGUGAAGGAAAUCACCUUUGUCUCCAAGGCUGACUUGAACCAUGUCCUACUAAUGUCUCCUCAGCAUGGUGUGAAGAACAAGUCAGUUGGUAUAUUCACCUCAGGACAUGUCACCAUGGAUGUCCACGUUGAAAGGAUGGGUUAUAUGCCAGGUGAGAUGGUGAAUAUCUGUGCAAACACCAAGAACAACUCCUCCCGUGACCUUAAGCCCAAAUUCAGUCUGAAGCAGAAAAUGACUUUCAUUGCUACUGGCAACACAAAGAUUGCAGAGCAGACAGUCUGCAAAGUAGUCAGAGAACCUAUCCCGUCCAACACCCGACAAAGUGUUGCUGGGUCAUUGAAGAUACCUGCUGACCAGGACUUGUCCAUCCUGAACUGUAACAUCAUAAGAGUAGAGUACAUACUAAAGGUACAUCCAAGUGUCAGGACAAUCACUUCAUAUUCCUAGUAUUAGACAGAAAGGUAACGCUUUAACGAUAAGCUUUAUGCUCAAGUGAUGCAUAUUAACUUGACAUUCGUAGUCACUAACACACGGAUCUCCCAUUGACGGUAGUGCAAAAAGGCAGGUCAGGCAUGUGCAUCUCAAGUUACGAUUUGGCUAAAGAGAUUUUGAUGAAUUCCCAAUACUCCUCCUUAACAUGCUGUUUGUUUUACAGGUAUACUUGGACGUUCCUCUUGCCACAGACCCUGAAGUCAAGUUUCCAUUGGUUAUUAUCCCUUCCUUCUUUCGGUCUGACCUAUCACCAGGCAGGCCUGUCCUCGGGUUUGAAAAAUUUGCGAAAGGUGGUCCAAGCAACAGUGACUUCCCUUCUGAUACAGCCUUUGGACCACAUUCUCCUGCCUCGAGUCCAGGGGGAAGCCUAUAUCGGUCUGUCCCACCAGUGUACCCUACCCCUGUAGCCAUGGGAGGAAGUUAUCACCCUGACCCACAGCAAACAUACCCAUACCAAACUCGCCUGUUAAUGCAUCCACCUCCAACUGCGCCACCAUUUCAUGCACCCCUGACUGCCCCGAUGAUGCUUUCACACACCUCUCCUCAAGAGACAGACCAACCCCCGUCGUAUUGUUCCCUCUUUCCUCCGUCAGCGACUGAAACAUAUCACCCUGAUACUCCAUAAACACUCAUCUUUGACAGACGCGAUGCAACUGAUCCACUCCCAGUGUGUCAUUGUUGCACACACCAACAGACCUGUAAACAGUAUGUUAGUGAAGGAACAAAAUGCCAGGUUUAAGUCAGUGUUUCAAGUCUAUAUCAUUUCUUUGUGUGUUUUGAACCAUAAAGAUUUUUUUUUUUAGACCUGCUUUUGAGUUCUGUCUUCCAGGAUUUGUGUCUGAUGCAACAUUUAUAAAAAUAUAUAUUUUUUUAAUGUAAUGCUCAGAUCACUCAUAUGGUGCCUUCUUGACUGCCUUUAUGAAUUAAUGUAAACGUAAUUAUUUUGCAAAAAAUUUUUUGACUCCAGGUUUGCCACCACAGUGCCCUUCAUUUGUUAAUGCAAAAUGCAUGCAGCAUUAAUUGCUCAGUAUUGUUGUGAUUUAAACCCCUGUACCAGGACACCUUUGCUAACACACAUUUGGUACCAAUGAUGUAUUCACUGAGAAAAUACAGUAUUGCACUACUACUGCUGUUGUUGUUGUUUAACUAAUUAAAUAUAUCACAGGAGGCAUAGGCCUACCCUCAUUUCAUUUAUUUAUUUACAGUGCGUGUGAUAUUGCAUUGUUUCUAUUCUAUUAUUAUAUAGGCUACAGGGGCAGACUCCUGUUACCUAUCACAUUCUUUGUUCACAGUUUGUUUAUGUCAGACAUUUUCAAGUCUGUUUCAUGUUAGCCUUCCAAUCAUCAUUAUUAGAUCAAUAUUCGGUUGCUGUUAGUUUUGCUGGCAUAUGACCUACUCCACAUAAAUGGCAAUUAUAAAUUGUA